AUGAGGGUGAAGAGAAGCUUCUACCGCAACGUGCCCUCUCCAGGGGCCUUCUUCCAGUCCCUCUACAGUGUGCACAAUGGGGACUUCCAGACCUGGAUAGGGGCCCACAGAACCGGUCUGCUGCCGAGCCAGGACUGUGUCGGUUCCCCACGAGGAGUCUCGGAGCCUGGUGUCCAGGAGGUCAUUGCGUGGCUGACCUACGACCCAGCGGAUCCCUGGCAGUCAGUGGCCCUGGAGGAAGAGGAGGAGGGCCCUGGCGCCGGCCUCCCUGAGGCGGUGCUGCUAGCUGGGCAUGUGGAACAGAGAGGGCAGCCUCCUGCCUACCUGCCACAGGAGGACUGGGCCCCCUCGAUCCCCAGCAGGCCAGCUUCCCCACAGUCAGAGGGCAGCAGUGGCGACUACUGGGCCCUGGGCUGCUCUGGGGACUGCCACCCCUCCACCUUCCCAGGAAACACCCAGAGCUCGGAGCCCAGCCCGGCCUCGGCCUGUGGCCUUUCCUGUGACCAGCAGAAUCUGGACACCUGAGACCUGGCUUUGGGCCGGAGCGUGAGCCUGCAGCCCCUUGGAGGUUGUGUGACGGUAGGUGAGCCACGCCUGCCCCUUCAGGACGAGCAAUACCUCCUUGUGCUGCUGUGAGUUCACCUGAGCAAGUCACCUGCACACCUCUGUGCCCAGGAAAUGCUAGCGUCCCCCUUUUGAGAUGAGACGACCCUUGGACACCGUGUGCCGAGAUCCAGUGUGCAGCAGAGCAAGGUUUGAAGACCUUGGGAUGAGGAAGUUGCUGAGCCCUGGGCACUGAAGGGGUCAGAGAGCACUGGGGAACUGAAAUCCUGACGUGGCUGGUGUUUCGAGGAGUUGGGGGCAUGGCGAGGCUGGAGCUCAAGUGUCCAAAACGUGGCUGGCUGGACUGUGGAGGGCCUGGAAGGUCAGACUGAGGGCUGUGAGGGAAGGGAACUCUCCUGGGCAAGGGAGGAUGUGCAAUGGUUUCUCUUUCUUUCUUUUUUCUUUUUUUAAAUAUUUUUUUAUUUUUAAGUAAUCUCUACACCCAGUGUUGGGCUUGAACCCACAGCCCCAAGAUCAAGAAUCCCAUGCUCCACUGAUUGAGCCAGCCCCUCUUUGUUUUUCAAUGUGGUGAAAUCCACAUAAUUUAACCAUAACUCUUGAAGUGUAUAAUUCAGUGACAUUUAGUACGUGCAUAAUAUGGUCCAACCGUCCUCACUCCCAAAGGAAAUCCCCUUCCUGUUAAGCAGUCACUCCCCACUGGGCUCUCCAUGUGACCUAUCCUAUAUAGCCCCUUGCCUACCUCCUUUCUCUGUGGAUUCACCGCUUCUGAACAUUUUGUAUAAAUGCAGUCAUACAAUAUGUGACCUUCUGCACAGCCUUCUCCCUCAGCGUAGUGUUUCUGAGGUUCACCCACUUUGCAGUAUCGGCACCCCAAUCCUUAUUGUGGCUAAAUGUUAUUCCAUUGUGUGGAUGGACCACAUUUAGUUUAUUCACCCUUCUGUUGGACAUUUGGGUUGUUUCCACUUUUUCUCUGUUGUGAGAAAUGCUGCUGGGAAUAUUCAUGUAAAAGUUUUUGUUUCAAUACCUGUUUUCUAUAUUUUUGUGUAUAUUCCUAGGAGUGGAAUUGCUAGAUCAUAUGGUAACUCCAUGUUUAGAAUUUUUGAACAACUGCCAAACUGUUCUCCACAGUGACUUCAACAUUUUCUAUCAGUAAUGUACUCGCGUUCUAAUUUCUCCACAUCCUCACCAACUAUUGUUAGUGUCCUUUUUUUUUAAAUUUGU